CAUCUCCGUACAUAAACCAUAGUAUACCCUCCGACAGCAGCACACUUGCUAAGGCUCACUGGGUUUAGCUUAUUGACUCAUCUGAAACACAGUCAUGGCAAUUAUUUCCGAAUACGUAGAAGAAGAGGCUAAGCCCUCGACGUCGUCGCCGCCUCCCAAGACGGUGUCUUUUACAGGGAGCUUGGAUCCGUCGAACCCUGCAGGGUUUCUGGAAAAAGUUUUCGAUUUUGUCGCGAAAGAAAGUGACUUCCUUGGGAAGGCGACGGCCGAGAAGGAGGUCGCGGCUCUGGUGAAAGCGGCGAAGGAGAAGAGCAAGAAGAAGGUGGAAGGUGGAGCUUCAAAGACAGAGUUGAAAAAGGAGGUGAAGGAAGAGAAGGAGAUAAAGAAAGAGGUGAAGGAGGUGAAGGAGAUAAAGAAAGAGGUGAAGGAGGUGAAGGAGACAAAGACUGAGGAGAAGCAGGAGCCAAUGGACAUCGAUAAGAAGGAGGAGACUGGCUUCAGAGUUCCAAACAAAGGCAAUGGUCUUGAUCUUGAGAAAUAUUCUUGGACACAGACCCUCCAGGAGGUGACUGUUAAUGUACCAGUCCCUAAGGGAACAAAGUCAAGGUUUGUUGUUUGUGAGAUCAAGAAGAACCAUCUAAAAGUUGGAUUGAAGGGCCAGCCUCCUCUAAUUGAUGGAGAUCUCUAUAAGCCUCUCAAAGUCGAUGAUUGUUACUGGAGCAUAGAGGAUGAGAGUUCCCUCUCCAUUCUUUUGACCAAGCAGGACCAGAUGGAGUGGUGGAAAUCAUUAGUGAAGGGAGAUCCAGAAAUUGACACUCAAAAAGUUGAACCUGAGAACAGCAAACUCUCUGACUUGGAUCCAGAAACACGGCAGACUGUUGAAAAGAUGAUGGUAACUAUGAUUGGGAUUAUGAUUGCUUCACAUGCUCUUUUACAGUUUGAUCAGAGGCAAAAAGCUAUGGGUCUCCCAACCAGUGAUGAGAUGCAGAAGCAGGAGGUUCUGAAGAAAUUUAUGGCUGAGCAUCCUGAGAUGGACUUUUCAAAGGCAAAGUUCUCAUAAACCAGAGAGUUAUCAUUCUCAGUGUGUCUACCUAGUUGAUCACCUAUUUUGUGCUCACCCUGGUUUCUCUUUUGUAACACUCACCAGAUCACCAUGACUGGGCAGUGUGACUUGGAACUUUGUUUAUAAAUAUAUGUGUGUGUGUGUGUGUGUGUGUUAGAUGUUUACUAAAAUUUUGUUGAAUCUCCUAGUUUUCAAUCCUGGAUUAUUUUGGAUCAAGGAUUUGUUUUCUUCUUUCUUCCUCUGUACUUUCUGAAGCUUAGCCUCUUAAGCUCAGCUGCCUUCUCUGUUUGAUCUAAAUGGAGAUGGAUUAUAUAUGAGGCUGUUUGGCUAAGCUUUUUAACAAACACCUCCUUGUGUUUAAAUUUAGUUGUUUAUCUUUUAAAGAUAUUAUUCAAUGUGUUUCAAAAAGAUUAUAACUUUUUUUCAAUUAAGAAGUUUUUUUUAA